UGUGGACAUAUCCAAUAAGAUUGAAGAUUCAAAUUUGAAGUAACCGAAAGGAAGUUUGACGGCUGUAUUUAAUCAUAGCAUUUUAAGUUUCGUCACAGCUAAUAUUAGUGAUCUGCUGGUUAAUAUUUUGUUCACAUGGAUAUAACAAACUCUCAACAGAAGCACACCAAAGCGUACUUAAGGGACCAAAUAAUGAAAUGGCGUGAAGAGCGACAAUCCCGUUUGAUGGCUCGAGUUCUACAUGACAGACAGGGUAAAGUUUCUUCAGCAAUAUUUGGCACCAUAACAUCUUCAGAUGUAAAUAUAGGACCCACUGGUGAGAUACCUCGAGCUUCUGUUGCAUCUAUAGUUAAAAGCAAGCCUCACAGAAAUCCAAAAAUGAGACCAAACGUUGCACCCGAGGUAAAGCAUACCAUAGCUAGCAAGUUACGGAUGAUAAAAGCAAAUCCACUACUUGAAGCACGUGGAUUGGUUACAAGACCAUCGAAGAACAAGGUGGCAGAGAAUAAAGCUAGUAAUCUCUUAGCAGGAAGGAACACUGGACAGCUGAAUGCAUUUCCCUCAACAUCUGCUGUAAAGUCCUCUCUGCAGCUUACAGCAUCAUUUAAGUCAUCCUUUUCUUUCAAGAACACAGUAAAAUCUAUAGAUUCAAUUGCUAAUGACAAACAAAGCAGUGGAGUUUAUUCUGCAUCAAUUAAAAGAUGCAGCUCUGCUCGAAGGUCACUCAGUGCUGAUCCUCCACUUAAUAAAUCAGUGUUUACUGAAGUUGGUGAUACCAAGAAUAUUAGAAGAAUUCAUUCAGUUGCAAAUAUUCCAGUUACAGAUCUAAAAAAUUCUGUUGUUAAAGAGGAAACUGAAGAGCUGGGUGGUAAUGAUGUGAUUUUUCCAUUGACAAAUACCCCUCAGAGAGCAGGAAGUGAAUCACUUCUGAAGUCUUCAGGAAAAAAAGGAGCGCCGCCACCUUUGUUGAAUGUGUAUACACCCACACCAGACAUUAUGAGGAAAAGUUUAUCUGAUUGGCUGCACAAAAGAGGGAAGUCAUUGGGAAACUUCCAUCACUUACAUUGUUUUGGUCUUAAAGCUUCUAACAUGACACAUGGAAAUGAAAAUUUUAAGCAGAAUCGUAAGCCACCAACAGUUAAUUAUGGAGAAAACAAGAUGAUAGUGGUGGAGGAAAACCAUACAUCAAACACUGGGCCAUCUGCACCAAGAAGUGACCAAGAAAUCUUUGCCAGUGAAGAACAUACUGCUUCCAGUUCUCCAGAAGAGGAUAAGGAGAAUGUAUGUGCUGGAAACUUAGAUCUCUUAGUCCAGGAUGCUGUGAAAGAUCUCCUGAACAUUGUUCAUAUUGGUUAUCCAUGGAAUCAGUGUGAAGAAUGGCUGACCAUGAUUCGCAGAUUCUGUCCUGGUAUAAAGGAAGUGCCCAUAUAUUGGGAGUGUGUAGCUGCUCUGGAAGAAGCUAGAGGAGACUUCAAGUCUGCAGUGGACUGCUAUGAAAGAGCAAUAAUACGAGGAGCUUCGCCUACUAAGGUUGGUGACUCUCUUGAUCAGUUGAUGGAAAAAUUCAACAUGCUAAAUCUCAAGUGUGAUUUGGGAAAUGACGGAAGCACCAGUGUCAAAACACAACGUAAAAAUGUACUUGAUGCCCGUAACGUUUUUAAAUCAUCCAUAAUAAAAUUUGCAUUGCAACAGAAAGUUUUAAGAAGCCUGAGUACUAAUCUAAAAGUGGAACCACAGUCAUUACAUUACGUUGUCACUCCAGUACGUCGCAGCACAAGAGCUUCUCUAUCUUACUAUCGUACAACUCCUAGAUUACAGUGUGUGAACUCGCUGAAGCAACUGGAUUCAGAUGUUCGGAAGUCCAUGGUGUUCCAGCCAAAUCCUGCACUUGAGUCCUAAUAUCUCUUCAGGCAGCUUAUUGCCAUGGAACAAACUUUGCUUCACUGGAAAUACAUACUCCAGAAUAAUCAAAAUAGAAGUGCAGUGUAUGGUAGACCUUUGAGUAAGUUUGUUGUAGUAGACACUCAGUACUUUCUCCUAUCCUCUUUAAAAUAAUAUGUAAUAUUUAAAAAUAUAUAUUUUAAAUUGA